UUUUAUUUUUUUCUCUAGACCAAAAUAACCCUGCCUAAUUCUCUCCUUUCUCCCACGCCCAAAUCGCGCACUUCCCCUGUUGAGGAGGGAGGCGACGUCGCCCGUCUCUCCGCGUCGGCUCCGGCGCCGACCCACUCCCCUCCUCCGCCGCCAUCCAUCUAUUCGCGCCGCACCGCCCGCUCAACUCUUCCUUCGCGCAGGCGGCGGCGGUGGCGCAGGCGGCGUCUUCCUCCACCUGAUCCACCUCCACUUCCUCCGGACCGCACAAGAAUAAGAAGAAGAAGAAGUGCAGGUACGGUGCAGGUGCAGAUCCAAUUGCGAGCUCACCUGCUCUGCCCUGCCCACUACCAAGUAGUAGCCUCCUCCUCCUCCCCUUUCUCCCCAACAUCCCAUCCCAAAUCAAAGGCUACUAGACUAGUGUUGGGGGAGAUCCAAGAGAUGGCGCGGAGCCCCUGCGACCUCCGCAUCCUCCUCGUCGCCGCCGCUGCAGCCUUCAUCUACAUCCAAGUCCGCCUUUUUUCUACUCAGUCCCACUACGCCGACCGCCUCGCACAAGCAGAAAAAUCCGAAAACCAAUGCACCAGUCAACUCCGCUCCUUGAUCGAUCAAGUCAGCUCUCAGCAGGAGAAGAUUGUCGCGUUGGAAGAGAUGAAGAUACGCCAAGACGAAGAACGUGUACACCUCAAGAUUUUAAUCCAAGAUCUCGAAAAAAGGAGCGUGCAGACCUUAGUAAACAACAAUGUGGCUCCUGUUGCUGCUGUUGUUGUAAUGGCUUGCAAUCGACCAGACUAUUUGCAAAGGACAGUUGAAUCUAUCCUGAAGUAUCAGACAUCAGUGGCUUCAAAGUUUCCACUAUUUAUAUCUCAGGAUGGAAUAAAUGGAGAAGUGAAGAAAAAAGCUUUGAGUUAUAAUGAAAUAACAUAUAUGCAGCAUUUAGAUCUUGAACCUGUGCGCACUGAAAGGCCAGGAGAGUUGAUAGCAUAUUACAAGAUAGCCAAACAUUACAAAUGGGCCUUGGAUGAGCUAUUCAUCAAACACAACUUUGCGCGAGUAAUAAUUCUGGAAGAUGAUAUGGAGAUCGCCCCUGAUUUUUUUGACUACUUCGAGGCUGCAGCUAAAUUACUUGAUAACGAUAAGACAAUCAUGGCCGUUUCUUCCUGGAAUGACAAUGGACAAAAGCAAUUUGUUUACGACCCAAAAGCUCUUUACCGGUCGGAUUUCUUUCCUGGACUUGGAUGGAUGUUAACAAAGCCUACAUGGAUUGAGCUGUCACCUAAGUGGCCCAAAGCUUAUUGGGAUGACUGGGUGAGGCUAAAAGAGGUACACAGAGACCGGCAAUUUAUUCGCCCGGAAGUCUGCAGAACAUACAAUUUUGGCGAACAUGGGUCAAGCAUGGGGCAAUUCUUCAGACAGUACUUGGAACCAAUCAAGCUAAAUGAUGCCCAUAUCAAGUGGAAUUCUGAGGACCUGAGCUACCUCAAGGAGGACAAGUUCCUGAUCCAAUUUGGGAAAGACGUCGCUAGUGCCACCCCUCUCCAUGGAUCUGAUGCCGCGUUGAAAGCCCACAAUAUGGAUGCGGAUGUAAGGAUCCAGUAUAACGAUCAGGAAGACUUUGAGCGGAUAGCUCGUCAAUUUGGAAUAUUUGAAGAAUGGAAGGAUGGCAUUCCAAGAACAGCUUAUAAAGGAGUAGUAGUCUUCCGGUACAAGAGUAGUCGAAGACGAAUAUACCUCGUUGGUCCGGAUUCCCUCAGUCAGCUUAGGGUAUAGUGUUGUUGAGGUGUGGAGAUAGUUUCUCAUUGUUUCAGAUACAAGCGGCAGCACCUCACCUGACCACUGAGCAGAGCUGACCUGCCUGACAUUUUGCUGUAUAUGUGAUUCAUCACGUGAGAUUCAUACAUAGACGACUUCCAUUGCACCGAAAGCUUAAACAUCACAUCGUGUUCUGUGUUUUGUUUGCCAUUGAAAACUGCCUGUAAUGUAGUUUUUGAACUGGACAUAUGCUAGAAUGAAGGGAAAUGAGAUACUAAUUGA